GGAGAGAAAGAGAGGAGAAUCAGAUCCCGGUGGUGUUUAGAGACGGGUUAUAACGUUCUAUCUUUGCAAUGGCUGUCGAGACGCCGACUACUGCCAUGAGAUCAGCAGUAGCAGGAGAGGGAGCGCAGCAGCAGGAGGAAGUGCUGGAAGUGACCGUUGGAUCAACGUCGUCAUUGAAGGCUAGCCGUACUUCCAGUAGGGAGGACCCGUACGCUAUCCUCAGACUGGGGUUGAUUCAGUAUCGUACAGAUGAGACACCAAGGAUAGGCGCACGUCCAGCUUGGAAUCACCGAUUCUGUUUCCCACUCCCGGCCAACUACAAGACAAGAAAGGAGGGGGAAGGAGGCAAUGUCAUGAUGGCGGAGCCUAGACAGCUACAUGUGGAGAUAUGGGAGAAGACGGAAACGCUGAUGGGACGAAGUGACAAGUUUGUCGGCUUCUGCGACAUCGACCUGAUUCAAGUGUUUGAGAAGAAAGACGUGGAUCUUCACGAGCCAGUUUAUCGCCGUGACGGAACACGUGUCAGCUUUGUGCGAUUUCAUCUUUCCAUAUCACCGGUGGUUGUGCCUUGUCCAGCGCCUGGUGCAGGAGCAGGAGCAGGAGCAGGAGCAGGAGCACCUCCCCCUCUUGCAGACCUGAAAGGUGCCUCCCCGCGAAGUCGAGCUGCCCUACAGGAGUCGAUGGGCAGUGGGGUAGAUAGAGAACAGAUGCAGUCGACUCCUCCGAACGUGUCCACCAUGUUCCGUGCACGUGGCAGUGGCACGGUUAUGGAUGAUGAGGCCGCCCAUUUGCAGUGGGCUCAGAAUAACAUCAUGCUGUCGGCCUUGAAGCAAACAGUGGAUCUGCACGCGAACGGACGCAGUAGCAGUAGUAAUAUUAUUAGCAGCAGCAGCAGCGGCAGCAGCAGUUUCGCUCACCUUCUUGAUAGAGUACACGCGGGAGCUCCUCCUCCCAUGGCCGUGAGAGGAGGAGGGAUCGACAUUCGCAGUUCUCCUAUGAUGGGGGGAGCCUGUGUAACAACGGGCGGUUCUCCUUUCUGGGAUGCUGGCUGCGGUAGGAGCAGCAGCGUACAAUUGUCGUGUUCUUCACCGCCCUUUUGUGCACGUACCCUUCCCAUGCCUGUCGUGCCCUCCUUUUCUGUGUCUGGGGCUUUAGGUCUUCCCUCAACGUCCUCCUUGGCUAGAGAAUUGCAGCAGCAGCGGCAGCAGCAGCAGCAGCAGCAGCAUGCUACUCCAACGGACAUAGAUGUGAUUAGGAUGAUGACUAGGGCUACCACUGGCUCGGCGAUUGCCACUGCGGCUCCACCAACUUUCGUGACUUCGUUCCAAGGACAUCAUUGGCCGGCCAAGGUCUCCGACGUCGAUCGUCCUCAUCAGCUACGCCCAUCGAUGAGCGAUGCUGCUGCAGCUUCUACUAUUGAUGCGAUUGCUUCUGCGUUGUGCUCGAACAACUUCAACGUAGUGCCUGCUACGUGGGUGCCUCCGACCGUGGGUUCGGUUCCGUCGGUGCUGGCUGGCAUUGGAAUUGGACAAAUCCGUGAAGGGCACGGCUAUGGUGGAAGUUGUGCUGAACCUAUCACACACUCGGAACGGUGGCCAUCGUUUAGCAGCUCACCGUUCUCACGAGCAGCGGGGCCGGAGGCAAUGCAGGCUCAGACGGAGAAGGGAGGAGGUCUGGAGGUGGGUGGUUUCUCGCCGACCUCCUCCUCGGAAGCGAUGUUCAUGACAAACAGAGCUAGAGACGGAAUUAGCAAAGGCCAAACAUCGCUGGCUGACUGGCAAGCUACAGCUCUGAGAGGAGGAUUCCCUUGGCAAAGUCAGGUACAUCUGCUGCAGCCCGACGGUAAUCAAUGUGCGCGUGUGAACGGCAGCAGUAGCAAACGUGAGCUACGUGAGUCUCUUGGUCAAAAAGACUUAUCAGCUUGUCCUUAUGCAAUACCUCAGGGCCCGCCAGUUUCCCUGCAGGGGGCGAUGAGUCGUGAAUUGGGAGUAGUGGCUACAGGUGGUGGUGCACCAAGUGGUGCUCGAGCUAGUCCCUCACUCACUGGGAACUGCUUGAAGCAACGGGCAGGGCCGUGGGAGGAGGAGGCGGCAGGUUCUCGCUUGACGACAAGCGGAGGAUCUUGCUAUGAUCUUCUUCUGGAAAGGACUGCCGAUUGCGGCAGUAGAGACGGAACCAAAUGUAAGGACCAGACUUUGAUGGAGGCGAGCAGCUGUUGGGGAAGCCUCCUUCUCCCGCCUGUCCUCGAUCAUCAGCGCGAGCAGCCGCAGACGUUGGGCACUAUCGAUACACGACCGCCUUCCUUCUGCUCUGGUGAGAAGCGCGUUGUCGUCGACUCUGCUGCGACUGACGGCGGAGUCGCACGGCUUACGCCUCUCGUGCAGUCGGAGGGAGAGCGGUCUGCUGUAACUGGGAUGGCCGCUGCUGACCAGAGCAGCACGCCGUGUACUUCCAGGAUUGCUCCCUCGUCCCUUGACCGGCGACGUGGUUUGCCCCGUGAUGCAGAGGUUGGCGCUCAGCGGAGUCAGAGCUAUUACCUCUCGGCAAAGCCGCCGGCUUCUCCGCUGGGUGGUGGCACACAAUCAUCAUGCGUGCUGUCCGAGGCGACUUCUCAGCCCUCUCCGUCGUCUUCUCCGUCCUCGCUGCCAUCCGUAGCUGCAACGCCCUCGCCAUCGCCAUCCUCUUGUCCAUCGUCCUCUUCUCCCUCAUGGUCUCCUUCCCCUCCAUCUUCUCCGUCUUCUGAAACUCCCACGCAAAACACCAUCGCUGCGAGUGACACAAGCACCACCGACGUGCUACGUGUCGACUCCAGGACGACUGCAGAAAACGAACCCGGCGCAUGGCAGCCCCCUUACCAGCUGCCGCAGGCCGGCGAUUCGCACCCGCCUCCCACUCGAGCGGGCGAGUCACGUGGUAUCACUGGUAUGUCUCCGCUUCCGCCGGCCUUUGCGGCUUCGUCCCCGUCAACGUCUUCCUCCCCCACCCCAUGCGUGCCUCCUCCUUGCAGUAAGCUGCCUCCGGUGGCAAUGGCCGCUGCUGCUGUACUGGACUCGGCGGCGGUUCGAACAUCAGCAGCACGAGCUUGUGCUGCCGCGUCGGGGCCGAGUUUCGGUCAUUGCCAAGAGGCGAUGCUUUCUCCUUGGGCUCCAGCAACGCCUGUGCGGACGGGAGGAAGAGCCCUGGACGGUUGCCGUAGCGAGAGGCCUUCCGCCGGUACACAAAGACGCCCUCUUGUCUUCUCCACGAGGCCCAUGCAGCAACAAGCAGGAUGCUCGUCUCUGAAGUUACCCGCGAGCUCUACUACGUCGUUCACCCCGGAUUCGGGAAUGGUGUUGUUGGACACGGGAGGUGGUCCUCCUCCUCCUCCUCUUCCACAGCCUCCUGGACUGGUGAUUACAGUCUCGGAGUCCGAGGAGGACAACGGAAGCGAUACGGUACUGCCACGAUGUCUUAAGCUGCAGGUCAAUGGAACCGCAGAAAGAGAGGAAGGAGAGAAAGAGAGGCAGGGAGAGAAAGCUCGUGGUGGGGACUCACUUCCAGGCAGUGGCACACGAGAAAGAAGCAAUGGGGCAGAAGACUUGUCAGCAGCGGAAGCUGUAAUGCGUCAGAGGCUGGCAGAAGAAAGCUCUGCAGUGCCAGCAGCAGCAGCAGCAGCAGCAGUGCCAGCAGCUACGCCUGUGUCAUUAUCCCAUUUGAACCAUUUCAGCCCCUGUGCAGGGCGGGGGCCGAGCUAUCUGAGCCCGACGUCUCCGCCAUACCUGCCUCCUGCCGAUGCCUCCAAGAUGUGUGAGAGACACUCGGACCCUCAGCUGGCGUUCCGCCCAGAGCUUCGGCAAGAGCUGCAUCAGCGUGAGCUUGGAACGUGUGGCUUCUCUGCAGAUGAUGCCGACCUUCGCUCUAAGUCGGCGGCAUACGCGAUAAACCGCAGCAGCUCGCGGAACUUGCCAGGCAGUCAAAGCAGCUAUGACUAUGGCUAUAGUAGUGUCGAUGGUGUCAACGGCGGCGUUCCCUCGUACGAGGCGGUCGGCUGCGGCGGCCUCCUAGUCCUGGGAUCUAGUCCGUCUAGAAUGAAUUCCUCCCUUUCGUCUUCGGAAAGGGGGGUGGUCUGCACCAGUAGCUCCGGACAAGACGCCACCUUGGCAGGGCAAGUGGUGAAAGCACCGCCGGCAUCAGCUUCUUCUCGAAUUUGUGAGCCAACGACAAGAAAUGUCUGCUCACCAGAUCGCUCCUGGGAGGGCUUCCUCCCCGAAGGUAAUUCUACUUAUUCUAUUCCUCUUCCUCCUCCCCAUCCUCCUCGCGAUGCUGGUCUCGCACCAAUUCUCCGGACAGCUUGCUCGCAGGGCUUGCACGUGUCGCGAGUUGAUUUGCCUAGUCAGUUCUGUUCGCUGCCUGAUCCCCCUCCCUCUGGCUCUGCCAACUGCAACGCCAUCGGGAUCUCGCCUCUCACCGAGCCACUCGACCGACAACGAGAGCCUUACUCCGUCUCGCUUUCCCAUCGCGGCUUAGGCAGAAGCGGGGUCUUUCUCCGCCUGGUGGGAUGUGACGAAGGCCGCCCCAAUGCAGCCGCUGCUGUCGAUGGCACUUACCCUACGGUCCCUACUUAUCCUCACGCCUCCGGCUUUCCUGAUUUCGCUGCCGUCAACCAGAUCGCCUAUCGACCAGCAGCAAAUCCAGUUUCGCCAGCCGAUGGUCAGUUCUUUGACCAUUCUCCGCCGUUGGGCACCUCCAGAGGGAAAACGCUUGUUGGGAGAAAGAGAGGGAGAGUAGUAACCGGCGAAUGCCUCGGUGGAGGAGAGGUGUGUUCUCAUAACGACAACCAGGAGGGAGGAGGGGAUCGAAUCAAUUCCGACGAGGAGCCCGCUUAUUGCGACGGGGAUGGGUCCUCGUCCUCCCCAUCCUUCAUCUCGCAGUGUGCUGCACGUCCGGGUGGAUUCCUAGUAGGCUCGCAAGAAACGCACUCAGAAGAUCCUAGGAGCGAGCAGUGCUCUCCGCGAAGAAGUAAUCCCGUUACUCUGAGUAUGAUGGAGGAGCGAUCUUCGUCAGACUUACUCGGAGAGAGACGGCGAAGCUCGUGUCUAUCCUCUUCCCUCCCGGUGGUUUCUCGGCGGUGGGCAUUUGGUGAAGACAUGGGAUUACGUCUUUCGCUGCAGAGGAGUACAUCGGCAGCGACGUUAGAAGGAGCUGAGAAUGGAGCGAGGUCGCGGGCACGGGGUGGUAUGCAUGACGACGAGGGGGAACUGGAGGGGGAGGGGGAAGGGGAGGGGGAAGGAGAGGGGGAAGGGGUGGCCCCUGACUCGAAGCGUCGUUGCAAGCUCCCGCCCUCGUCGGUUCUACCUGAGUCGUCCACGUCAUCGUCUGUGAGAAGUGAUAACGUGCAGUCGCGGCCGCUGAUCGACGUAGCAGCUGGGACAAUGGGUGCGAGAGCACGCGUGGACAUGCUGGAAACGGUCGCUGAUGAGUGUACCCUUCGUCUUGGUAGAGGUCCUACCGAACCCGAGCCACCAGCAGGCGCUUCGUUCGGCGGGGCAAGCACACUUGACAUUCGGCGAAUGAAGAGAGAGCUGUUGCCACAGCAGGGACUGAGAUUCGAUGGAGAAGUAGGCGGCCACGACGUGUGCGAGCUCGGAGAAGAAGGGUGGGGAGGGACUGGUUUCGGAGGAGAGGUAGACGAUGGGAUGGAAGGAGGACGAAAGGGGGUGGAGACAGGAGCUUUGGCAGGUGAUUGGCUGUGCGGAGGACUGAAUCCAAGGGCAAGUCCCGAUAUGAUAGCAAGACUAGAGCCGAGGAUCGCCCUCGCUGAAGCUGCUGCUGCGGCGAGAAAGAGACCGCGAACUGCAGUCACUACUGUGCUAGUAGGAGCAGACAUCCUUAACAGCGUUGACGUCAACGGUGCCGACGAGAGAACCAACGUCAACGUGGAGAAGAGCGAUCACAGGUCCUCCUCGGCGCGUAGCACUCCACCCUUCUUCUUUUGCAUUCCUCGGGCUCUGCAACAAGUGAAGGCCAUGCCCACUUAGCCUCUACUGGUUAGGUGUUUUCCUCCUGACAAGCCGUUGGACCGGCGUUGGCUGUGUGUUCGAUUCUGGGAUGCGCUGCAUUGGGGCA